GCAGCGAUUUCGGGAAGUUUGUCCCACGUCGCUUUCCAUUGGAACAAGAAGGCGGGGAAACAGAGGGUAACGGCAGAGGUGCAUGCUGGGAAAGCACGUGCUAAAAGCAAAGCAUGUCGUCCCAGAAGAUGAAGGACGGCGAUCCACGAUUCCUCCGGGUCCAGAAGGACCCACGGUUCUGGGAGAUGCCUGAGCGGGACCGUAAGAUCAGUAUUGACAAACGGUUCCGGUCCAUGUUCCACGACCAGCGCUUCAAGGUGAAACAGACGGUGGACAAACGGGGCCGACCCGUCAGCCACUCCACCGCCGAAGACCUGAGGCGCUUCUACCAGCUGUCUGACUCCGAUGAAGAGGAGGAGGAGGAGGGGAGGACGAAGGUCAGAGAAGAUGAAGCUGAACCGCGAGGAAGAGGAGACGAUGAUGAUGAUGAAGGUGAUGAAGACGAGGAGCUGUCUGCUGGUGAUGAAGCUGAGGAGGGGAAGCGCCACGAAGCGAGGCGGUCCGAUGAGGAGGAGUCGUCCAGUCUGGAUUCUGAGGACGACAGCGAUAGUGGACCGGACCUGGCCCGGGGGAAGGGGAACGUGGAGACCAGCUCAGACGAAGAUGAGGAGGAUGAGGUGGACGCCAUCCUCAGGAGGGAGGAAGAGGAGCUGGAGCAUGACUGGGGAGAGCUGUGCAAGGACGCUCCACGGGGCGAACAGGCUUCGACUCGGCUGGCCGUCUGCAACAUGGACUGGGACCGCAUGAAGGCCCGGGACCUGCUGGUUCUGUUCGGCUCGUUUGCACCUAAAGGGGGCGCCGUGCUGUCUGUGAGGAUCUACCCGUCAGAAUUUGGGAAAGAGAGGCUGAAGGAGGAGGAGGCCCGGGGACCACCGGAGCUCAAGGCCCUUCCAGAAGAUUCCGAGGAAGACACGGAGGAGGAGAGGGUUCACAGGGAGAAGAUCCGCGACUACCAGUUCAAGCGCCUGAAGUACUUCUACGCCGUGGUGGAGUGCGACUCGGUCGACACGGCGGCAAAGAUCUACGAGGAGUGCGACGGCUUUGAGUACGAGAGCAGCUGCUCCGUGUUGGACCUCCGGUUCGUUCCUGAAGACAUGACGUUUGACGAGGAGCCCAGAGACGAGGCGACCCACGUCAAUCCCUCUGCGUUCACGCCCAAACUCUUCACCUCCUCAGCCGCCGCCACCUCCAAGGUGCAGCUGACGUGGGACGAGACCGACCACGAGCGCCUGACCGCCCUCAACCGAAAGUUCAACAAAGACGAGCUCCUGGACAUGGACUUCAGGGCCUACCUGGCCUCCUCCAGUGAGGAAGAGGAGGCUCUGAGUGGAGAGGAGCCGGACACGGGGGGAGAGGCAGCUGUCAGCGAGACGAAGAAGAGGAGGAGUGAGGAGCAAAUCUCCAAGUACAGAGAGCUGCUGAAGAGCGUCCAGGACAAAGACCAGAAGGAGGACAAAGACAUGGAGAUGGAGGUCACCUGGGUGCCAGGUCUGAAGGAGACCACGGAGAAGCUGGUGAAGGAAAAGCUGGAGGGGAAGGACAAGCUGACGCCCUGGGAGGGGUACCUGCAGAAGAAGAAGGAGAAGAAGAGCGGGAAGAAGCAGGGGGCGUCUGAUGGCGAGCUCAGCGAUGACCAGCUUCCUGAUGACGUCGACCUCAGCGACCCCUUCUUUGUGGAGGAGCUCGGAGGGGAACGCAGUGACAUGAAGAGAAAACCGAAGAAGAAGAAGAAGGUGGAAAUAUGUGCUGCCGACAACGGCGAGGAGCUGGAGAAACAGCAGGCUGAGAUGGCUCUGCUGAUGGAGGACGACACGGACCCCAAACACGCACACUUCAACUACGACCGCAUCGUGGAGCAGCAGAACCUGAGCAAGAAGAAAAGGAAGAAGCUCCUGAAGAAAGGGGCGGAGCUACUGGAGGAUGACGGCUUCCAGGUUGACGUUCAGGACCCCCGCUUCCAGGCCAUCUUCACCUCCCAUCUCUUCAGCCUGGACCCCUCCCACCCCAACUACAGGAAGACCAAGGCCAUGCAGAGCAUCCUGGCAGAGAAGCAGCGACGCAGAGAAGAGCAGCAGCGCCACCUGGAGGACAAGCUCGACGCUCAGGAGGCCACACCUUCGCACAGACAGGCGGCCAUGACACAGGAAGCUGCCGCAGAAAGGCGGGAAAAUGACUCUGAGACCAUGGCGUCAAAGAAAGACAUGGACCCAAGUCUGUCGUUGCUCGUCAAAUCAAUAAAGAGCAAAACGCAGCAGUUUCAGGCCCGGAAGAAGCAGAAGACGGCGUAGGCGUGGCUGAACCUCCUGAAGGCGGGACCAUGCCAGGUCACGACCUCUGUGCUGGUAUUACCAAAGGACACGGAGCAGAAAUCUGAAUCCGAUCCGACUCGUGUUUGAUGGCUUUAAUGACGGUCAAUCAAUGAUCUGUUGGGUUCAGUAAUGCUGAAUCUGCUGAUCCGACAGAGAAUCACGGCUGUAGAACCUCGGUUCUGCGUUCUCGUGGUUCUCUGCCGGGACCGGACGAACCAGAAGAGCUUUGCUGGUCCGACCUGAACAUUUAUGGACCGCUGGUCAGUAAACAAAGAUGUCUCUGUCCAUGUUUUGUAUCUGCGUUCAGAUCUCCAGCCGUCUGCUCAGGACUAAAGAGAAAAGGCUUCCUGGAAAGUUUCUGAAGCUAAAAUGAUGUGAAUCUGUUCAAAUCCAGUAAUCUGUUCUAAACCUUUCUAAAUGACGCCUUUGUUUGAUUCCUGACGUAUUUCUGACCAUUGACCUUUCCGUCAAAGUCAAGAAGAACAUCCCCACAUCCUGACCUUUUAAAAUAAAAGUCCUUUCAACUUCA